AUGUCGUAUAGAGGGUCUUUUAAUAAUUUGAACGGUGCGCCUAAUGGUGGUCGUCCAGGGAAUUCUUAUGGGUCAUUUAGUGGGGCUAGAAGUUCUGCUGGAGCCGCAUUGAACGUACAGGGAAUUAUGAAGACGGUGGAAUCGUACUCUCAGAAGAUUGAGAAUCUGACAGACCAUCCAUUGGCUAUAAAGGUGAGACCAUAUAUCCCAGCUAUUGCCAGGUUCUUUAUUGUUGCUACUUUCUACGAGGACUCGUUUCGGAUCAUUUCUCAAUGGUCAGACCAAAUCUUUUACCUGCACAAGUGGAAACACUAUCCAUACCUCUUUGUUGUUCUGUUCCUAGUGCUUGUUACAGUUUCCAUGCUAGCAGGGGCCACGUUGCUCGUGUUGCGUAAGCAAACUGUAUAUGCUACUGGUAUUUUAUGUGGAUGUAUCAUUCUACAAGCCCUAAUCUAUGGUCUUUUCACAGGUUCCUCUUUUGUUUUAAGAAAUAUUAGUGUUAUUGGCGGGCUGUUAAUCGCCUUUAGCGACUCUAUAGUCCAAAACAAAACCACUUUCGGUAUGCUUCCUGAACUGACCUCCAAGGGUGGGAAAACUAAGGGUUAUCUGCUUUUCGCUGGUCGUUUGCUCAUCGUUUUGAUGUUCAUCGCCUUCACUUUCAGCAAAUCGUGGUUCACCGUCUUCCUAACCAUUAUUGGAACCGUCUGCUUCGCCAUCGGAUACAAGACAAAACUCGCAUCUAUCAUGCUGGGACUCAUCCUGACUUUCUACAACAUCACAUUGAACAACUACUGGUUCUACGAUCAAACCAAGAGAGACUUUCUCAAGUACGAAUUCUACCAAAACCUAAGUAUCAUCGGAGGGCUGCUUUUAGUCACCAAUACGGGUGCUGGAGAGUUAUCCGUAGACGAAAAGAAGAAGAUCUACUAG